CCACUUCCUUAGCUUCCUUCCCAUCCCCAAGCUCACCUUCAAGAAGAUAAGCUUCUUUACAAGUUGCAACCAUUUUUUUUCCUCCAUUUUCGAAACAACCAAAAACACUUAAAAAGAAAGAAAAUCCAUUCUAUCUCAAAACCUCAAGAAAACACCACACCUUAAAAAACAUGAUUUUCUUCAGUAAUUCUCCCCAACCAGCAUUUUAAAAUAUCCCAUUUUCUUCCUUGAAUUUCUUCCUUGAAAAAAAGAGAGCGUUAUAUAUAUAGAGGGAGAGGGAGGGGGAGAGGGAAAAGAAUGUCAGUUUUAGCAGCGAAUCCUCACGUUUUAUACAGAGAAGUGCAGUACCACAAUAAAGACCAACAACAACAGUUAUGGAGUGGUGGUGGUGGUAGCAGUUUAUUGUUAUCACAAAGAACUUCUUUUGGGUGUUCUUGGUUUGAUGGCAGAAACAAAGACCUGUGUAAAAAGAAUUCAAAGAGAGAUGUUAAAGUAGCAGCGUCUUGGCCAGAUAUGACUAGGCCAACCUCCGUAGAGAUGGAACCCAUCGAUGAUUCUCACCAUCUUGAUAAGAUUCUCCUUCAGGCUCACGAGCUUUCCCAGCCCAUUAUCAUUGACUGGAUGGCUUCUUGGUGCCGGAAAUGCAUUUAUUUGAAGCCAAAGUUGGAGAAAUUGGCUGCUGAAUAUGAUACCAAAAUCAAAUUUUAUUGCGUGGACGUCAACAAGGUGCCUCAGGCUUUAGUGAAGCGUGGAAAUAUAUCUUUAUGGAAAGAUGGAGAGAUGAAAGCAGAGGUGAUCGGAGGGCACAAGGCCUGGCUUGUGAUGGAAGAAGUGAGAGAAAUGAUCCAGAAAUUCGUAUGAUAUCUGUACUGUGCAUAACGUUCUGUUCUUGUCUUCAAUUCCCAUAUAGAAAGUCAGAAAUAUGUACAGUGGAACUCUUGAGUUACUCCUCUGGACUCCAUUAAAAAGAACCUGGCAAAUAAAGAGGUAAAGCUUUGGUAGUAAA